CAGUAUAAAACCUGCACAGGUGUCACGAGAUAUCGAGGCCCGACUCCCACCUCGAAUUCGGCCUCCUUUAGGACCCCGACUGGUACAAAAUUCACAUUUUUGUGUGCGUUCGGUAAGCGCUAGCGCUAGCUGGUAUUUCGCAAGCGCGAGCUAACCACUUUGUUCUAAGCUAUGCUAGUUGAUACGUAAGGUUACUAAAACAGUAAGAACGAGAUGUGUUUGAUUUCACUACCUAUAGCCUCCUAGCAUAGAACGCAGUUAAUGUUAAAAACGUUAAUGGUAAUUUUAGCAAAGUUCUAGUGACAUGUAUCGGAAUGUAAUUUUGUAAGAAUUGCAAUCGCUAAUAGAGUACCCUUGCUAAAGGGGACCGUAUUCGAGGGGGGACUCGAUACCUCAUGACACCAGAGCAGGUUGGCCGUGUAGCCUAAGUUACCAUGGCAACUAAACCUGCUCAAAACCAAUCCACCUUCUUGAGCCCGAAAACUCGGAGUAUGCUCAAACUACACGUGAACUUACCAGGGUGUGUGUCGGCUGCUGACCUGUUUGCUGCAUAAGUUGGAGUCUAACAUGGACACCUCAGAGGACAGUACGUUUCUACAGGACAUGCUCAUGGGCAAUACUCUGCAUCUGCUUAUUAAGGUCUAUGACAGGCUGCAGAAGUACAGGGACCAGCAGCCCACUCCACUGCUGGAGAGCACAGAGGGCCUGCUUCAGGAUUUGGCUGAGGAUCUCCGUGGUGAGGUCGCCAGCCGAGAGACAUCAGAGCUGUUGGACCUGCUCUCUAGACCUCAUGUACAGGGUCUUCUCUCAGUCCACGACACGGUGGCACAGAAAGACUAUGACCCUCAGUUGCCUCCUCUGCCUACAUUGCAUGAUAACAAACCAGAUGAGGAAGAUUCAUUCAGGAUCAUCACCAUGAUUAAAAACCAGGAGCCUCUGGGAGCCACUGUGAAGAGAGACGUGUCUACUGGAGCUAUGGUUGUGGCUCGGAUCAUGAGAGGAGGAGCUGCUGAUCUAAGUGGUCUAAUUCAUGAAGGUGACAAGCUCGAGGAAGUUAAUGGCGUUCCAAUGGAGGACAGGAGCCCAGAGGAGAUUAUUCCUAUAUUAGUAUGGCUCCCUUUGUGUGCCCAGUCAGAAGGAACGGUGACCUUCAAAGUCAUUCCAGGCACCAAAGAAGAAUUGGCAACCAAAAACACCAAGAUCUUCAUGAGGGCACUUUUUGACUACGAUCCCAAAGCAGAUCCUGCAAUUACGUGCAAAGACGUCGGGCUGGAGUUCAGGAGAGGAGAUGUGUUACAGAUUGUAAGUCAAGAGGAUGACACCUGGUGGCAGGCCAAACAUCAGGGUGAGGCAAACCUCAGGGCUGGACUGAUUCCCUCUAGACAGCUUCAGGAGAGGAGAAUGGCUUUACAGAGGCCUGAAGCUCUGUUCAAGUUACCCAGUGUGUCAGAAACAUUCACAGAGGAUGUUGACUACAGAGCAAUAAGUGGCAUACAAAUAGCUGGUUUAAGGAGAAGUUUCCGGUUAAGCAGAAAGGAUAGCAGGAGUCAACAAGUGAGACAGAAGAUGGUUGAAGGACAUGGCAAUAUCCCUGAACUAAUAUAUCAGGAGGUCUCGCCAUACCACAGAAAGCCUGAAGACCAGUAUCGCCUCGUGCUUCUUACUGGACCCAGUGGCGUUGGUGUGACUGAAUUGAAGAGGAAACUUCUACUCUCUGACCCAGAGCACUUCAGUGUGACUGUGCCAUAUACCACUCGGGAGCAGAAAAGGCAGGAGAAAGAUGGUGUGGACUAUCACUUUAUAUCCAAGCACACAUUUGAGAAAGAUAUUCUUAACCACAAGUUUUUGGAGUAUGGUGAACACAGUGGGAACUACUACGGUUUGAACAUAGAUUCGGUGCGCAGGGUUCUAGAGGAGAGAAAGGUGUGCUUGCUGGAUGUGGAGCCUCAUGUUAUAGAAGCCUUAAACACGAGUGAGUUUAAACCCUAUGUUGUAUUUGUGAAGCCUCCAUCAAUAGAGCGCUUGAAACUGAGCCGGAGAAAAGCAAAAGUUCUGUCAAGUCCAAAUGAGAAGAAAUCCACAAAAACAUUUACGGAAAAUGACUUUGAGGAUAUGAUUACCAGUGCCCAGGCCAUUGAGAGUAAAUAUUGCCAUUUGUUUGAUAAAGUAACCAUCAAUGACGACUUGGCCGUGGCUUUUACUGAGCUAAGAGAUCAACUCAGGAAGAUUGAAACAGAGAGUCACUGGAUCCCACAUUCAUGGGCUGAUGUCUUAGAGAGCAAUUCAUGUUGACCACAUCGUUUAUACAUAUAACAUUUUGACAAAGUUUUGGAGAUUUUCGGGAUUUUAAAGAGCACUUUAUAUCAUUGUAAUUAUACACUACAUGCAGUGUCCUGACCAGUCAUGAACCAAUUCCAUUCAAAUCUGCCAAACACAUGAUAGUGUGUUUAUGUUGUAAAACAAAUAACUGUAGAGUAUUCUCGCCCUCUUUCCUAUAUACAUUAUGCUAUAUUACUGGAUUUCUACGUGUAUUGCUUUGGUGCCCAUUGUGGUUCAUGUUUUGACAUUAAUCACUCGCAGACGUGGAAUCUCUUUGACAAAGACGUGUUCUCAAUUUGGCUGAAAUGAGGUGAGGUAGGAUACGGUAUACUUUUUAAGAUUGCAAAUACAAGUCUGAACAAUGGAUUAUAUCUCUGAAACGCAUCCAGGUAGAUCUAUGUACCAAACAUUUCCAAUCCAAGUUUAGAUUUGUUCCUGGCGCAGUUGAACUUAACCCAGGGCUUUACAAGAAGUUAAAUGUCUUCGUGUUCUUGAGGAAUGUUAAUGUUUGCAGAUAUAGGAGGUGAUCCAUGGGUCAAACUCUCCAAAAGACCAAUGCAAAGCACCUCAAGUUAUUCCACACGUUUGUGGAGAAGAGGUUUGAAGCAAGGUGACCUUAACUUUUCCCCCGGAACCAAGAGAAGGAAGUGUAUUAAAGGAGAAAUAGUUACAGGAACGUUCCUGGGGUUAACUUGGCUGCCUGGCCAGUGUGCGUGAUAGAACUCCAGGCAUACUUGCCUUUUAGCUUCCUAUAAAAUAAGAUUAAAUUUAACAGACAGACAGAUUCCUAUGCUAUGCUAUGCUAUGCUAUGCCAGAUUUACAUACAGCUGAAAAACAAACUUUUAAAAUGAAUCAAAAUUAAAGUCACUUGAAUUGACAUUAUUUUAAACUGACCUAAAAACGUUUAACCAAUUUCAACUAGGUUUUACAAAGUACAUUUAAAAUGCAACUACAUUUUAUGAAUUAUCAAGCCAAUUUGAUCAAACUUGAAAAUUUAAGUCAGCUUUAAAGCUAAAGUUUUAAAUUAGAUCUUUUUGUUUUAGUGUAACACAGAAUCCAUAGUUGCUCUUUACGUAUCGCUCCCAUUUUGUGCUGCUGUGUGGCCUUUUUCUAACAGGCCAUAAUGCUCUCCACAGUGUUUAAAACCACAUUUAUUAAUACACCUGCUGCGCUAGCAAUCUCAGAAACCUCUUCUUUAAUAAUACAAUUACCCUCAUCCUUUAAAAUCUGGAAACUACCAUUUCCCACUGUAAGUUUCGAUGUAUCUGCGGAGGAUAUAAAAUUAUUGGUGAGUCCUGGCAUAUCUUAAUGUCCAACAGUGUCGUUCUUUUAUCCUUCUGUAAUUGAGUUAUAAUGGCUAGUAUAGAAAACAGAAGUUUGGACAGAGAGCCGGAUACUGUAUUUGUCUGGUUUUGUGUGGAGGAGUUGCCUGGGUAGGCAGCCCAGGCUUUGUGGCUUUACAAGAGGUCAGGUUCCUUCACAGGCUGACGUCAUGGCUAUUAAAGGGCUAUCUGAACAGCCAGGCCUGAGCGUGUCAAACAGACCGGGACGGUUCAUGCGCUUAAACACGUGCACUGAUGAUGCCAAUAAAAAUACGGCUAGACCAAGUAGAGCUGUGCACAAUGAUUUCAGAUAACUGAUGUAUUUCAAUAAAGCAACUACAAUGGGGAACAAAGGAUUUGUGCUUUCACGAUCACAAUAAUCAGUGUAAGACGAUGUGAAUGUUAACUACAUCAAACAAAACAUUCUUUAUCCUCACUGAACUAUAGUCGAGUUCUGUCCCUCAUUAACUCGCAGUAACAGAACAACCAUUUGUGGUCAGCCGAGAGAAACAAGACAUUCCAGCCACGACUCCAUGUUUACAAAAUGCAAUCACACAAGGAGGAAGUUAUUUUAUAUGAGGUCGUGUCAAACAUUGUUUUUAGAGCAGAUUGACUCAUGAUGAGUGCUAAAACAUAGUAGGCUAAGAAGUGCACUAAACGGUCUUCAGUGAGCCACACCUUCUCUUGGACAGCACAGAGGCGGCACACCUUUUGCCAAACCAUGCAAUGCUCAGAGCCAGAGUUAGUCUAGAAACUUCAGUCAGAGCAAAGUGUUUCAUCUCCAGAGAUCUACUGCUAAGAAUACAUUAUUUACGUUUAAGUGAAUAUGAGAUAUGAGAAUUUAGAUUGAUGAUUUCAAUGUUUCAAUUUAAAUGAGAUGUUUAAAUGUUUUCAAAGACAAAGAUUUUGUUCGAGUGCUUUUAAAUACUUUCAUAGCACCAAUACGUCAAUAAAAAGAACCCAAAAUAA